UUUGCAUGGCCGAGCGGCGGACGGUCACCUGGCUGCUCUUCCUCUUGCUCGUUAGUGCAAAAAAAAACAAAAUAAAGAAGAAGAAACGGAAAACAGGGCCAGCAGCUUGAGCCCAAAAUAUAUAACAAAUAUAACAUUUUAUGUGGUCAAAAUGAGCGUGCUGCCGUUCGUGCGCGGUGUGGACUUUACGAAAAAUGAUUUCAGCGCAACAUUCCCCAGCUCCAUGCGGCAGAUGUCGCGGGUGCAGUGGCUCACACUGGAUCGCACGCAGCUGGCGGAGAUUCCCGAGGAGCUGGGCCACCUGCAGAAGCUGGAGCACCUGUCGCUGAACCACAAUCGCCUGGAGAAGAUCUUCGGCGAGCUGACGGAGCUGGCGUGCCUGCGUUCCCUGGAUUUGCGGCACAAUCAGCUGCGUAACAGCGGCAUUCCGCCGGAACUCUUUCACCUGGAGGAGCUGACCACGCUGGAUUUGUCGCACAACAAGCUGAAGGAGGUUCCCGAGGGCCUCGAGCGGGCCAAGAAUCUUAUAGUUCUCAAUCUGAGUAAUAAUCAAAUCGAGACCAUACCCACGCCGCUGUUCAUCCAUCUGACGGAUCUGCUCUUCCUCGACCUCUCGCACAAUCGCCUGGAGACGCUGCCGCCGCAGACGCGCCGCCUGAUCAACCUGAAGACCCUGGAUCUAUCGCACAAUCCGCUGGAGCUCUUCCAGCUGCGCCAGCUGCCCUCGCUGCAGAGUCUCGAGUGCCUGAAGAUGAGCGGCACGCAGCGCACCCUGCUCAAUUUCCCCACCAGCCUGGAUAGCUUGGCCAAUCUGGUGGAACUCGAUUUGUCGCACAAUUCCCUGCCCAAGCUGCCCGACUGCGUGUACAAUGUGGUGACGCUGGUGCGUUUGAACCUAAGCGACAACGAGCUGGGCGAACUGAGCGCCGGCGUGGAGCUGUGGCAGCGCCUCGAGUCGCUGAAUGUGUCGCGCAAUCAACUGGUCGCCCUGCCCGCCGCCCUCUGCAAGCUGCCCAAGCUGCGCCGGCUGCUGGUGAACGACAACAGGCUGAAUUUCGAGGGCAUACCCUCGGGCAUUGGCAAGCUGGGCGCUCUGGAGGUCUUCUCGGCGGCCAACAAUCUGCUCGAGAUGGUGCCCGAGGGCCUCUGCCGCUGCGGAGCGCUGAAACAGCUCAACCUGAGCUGCAAUCGGCUGAUAACCCUGCCCGAUGCCAUUCACCUGCUCGAGGGUCUCGAUCAACUGGAUUUGCGCAACAAUCCGGAGCUGGUGAUGCCACCGAAGCCAAGCGAAGCCAGCAAGGCGACCAGUCUGGAGUUCUACAACAUAGAUUUUAGUUUGCAAACGCAGCUACGCUUGGCCGGCGCCGCUGUGCCGCCCUCCAUGCCUGCGACGGCCACGCCCAAGGAUUCGACGGCCAGGAAGAUUCGGCUGAGGCGCGGUCCGCGCAGCGAGGGCGAUCAGGAUGCGGCCAAGGUGCUCAAGGGCAUGAAGGAUGUGGCCAAGGACAAGGAUAACGAGCUGCUACUCGAAGAUGGGAAGCCCGAAUCCCUGAAGCCAAAGCGCUGGGACGAGUCGCUGGAGAAGCCGCAACUGGACUACUCCAAGUUCUUCGAGAAGGAGGAUGGCCAGCUGCCCGGUUUGACCAUCUGGGAGAUCGAGAACUUCCUGCCCAACAAAAUCGAGGAGGUGGUGCAUGGUAAAUUCUACGAGGGCGACUGCUACAUUGUCCUCAAAACGAAGUUCGAUGAUUUGGGCCUGCUGGAUUGGGAGAUCUACUUUUGGAUUGGCAACGAGGCGACGCUGGACAAGCGUGCCUGUGCCGCCAUUCAUGCCGUGAAUCUGCGGAACUUUCUGGGCGCCCGGUGUCGCACGGUUCGCGAGGAGCAGGGCGACGAGUCCGAGGAGUUUCUGUCGCUCUUCGAAACGGAGGUCAUCUACAUCGAGGGCGGACGCACGGCCACCGGUUUCUAUACCAUCGAGGAGAUGAUACAUAUCACCCGGCUGUAUUUGGUGCACGCCUACGGCGCCACCAUACAUCUGGAGCCCGUGGCUCCCGUCGCAGACUCCCUGGAUCCCCGGCACGCCUUUGUCCUCGAUCUGGGCACGCACAUUUACAUUUGGCUGGGCGAGCGAUCGAAGAAUACGCUGAACUCGAAGGCACGCCUGAUGGCGGAGAAGAUCAGCAAGACGGAGCGCAAGAACAAGUGCGAAAUUCAGCUGGAGCGGCAGGGCGAGGAGAGUGCCGAGUUCUGGCUGGGAUUGGAGAUGUCGCCGGAGGAGUUAGCCGUUAGGGAGCCGCCCAAGGAGCACGUUCCCGAGGACUAUCAGCCGGUGCAGCCGCGCCUCUACCAGGUGCAGCUGGGCAUGGGCUAUCUGGAGCUGCCGCAGGUGGAGCUGCCGCAGCAGAAGCUCUGCCACACGCUGCUCAACAGCAAGCAUGUCUACAUACUCGACUGCUACACCGAUCUGUUCGUUUGGUUUGGCAAGAAGUCGACGCGCCUGGUGCGAGCGGCGGCCGUUAAGCUGAGCCGGGAGCUCUUCAACAUGAUGGAUCGACCGGAUUAUGCGCUCGUGAUGCGCGUGCCCGAGGGCAAUGAGAUGCAGAUCUUCCGCACCAAGUUCGCCGGCUGGGACGAGGUGAUGGCCGUCGAUUUUACGCGCACAGCCAAGUCGGUGGCCAAGACGGGUGCAAAUCUGACGCAGUGGGCGCGACAGCAGGAGACGCGAACGGAUCUGGCGGCCCUUUUCAUGCCCCGGCAGUCGGCAAUGCCGCUGGCCGAGGCCGAGCAGCUGGAGGAGGAGUGGAACUACGAUCUGGAGAUGAUGGAGGCCUUUGUGCUGGAGAACAAGAAGUUUGUCCGCCUGCCCGAGGAGGAGCUGGGUCGCUUCUACACUGGGGAAUGCUAUGUCUUCCUCUGUCGCUACUGCAUACCCAUCGAGGAGCCCGAAAAUGUCGCAGAAGAUGGUGCUAAUCCCGCGGAUGAGAGUAAAUCAUCGGCAGCCAGCGGCAACAAUCAGCCAGAGGAUGAGAUCCAGUGCGUUGUCUACUUCUGGCAGGGACGCAAUGCCGGCAACAUGGGUUGGCUGACGUUCACCUUUACGCUGCAGAAGAAAUUCAAGGCCAUGUUCGGCGAGGAACUGGAGGUGGUGCGCAUCUUCCAGCAGCAGGAGAACCUCAAGUUCAUGUCGCACUUCAAGCGCAAGUUCAUCAUUCACACCGGCAAGCGGAAGGACAAGGCGCUGACCGCGAAGGGCAAGGCGCCCGUCGAGUUCUUCCACCUGCGUUCGAACGGCGGUGCGCUCACCACGCGCCUCAUACAAAUCAAUCCGGAUGCAGUGCAUCUCAAUUCGGCCUUCUGCUAUAUACUCCAUGUGCCAUUUGAAACGGAGGACGAAUCGCAGUCGGGGAUUGUGUAUGUGUGGAUUGGCAGCAAGUCCUGCAACGAGGAGGCCAAGCUGGUCCAGGACAUCGCCGAGCAGAUGUUCAACUCGCCCUGGGUGAGCCUGCAGAUUCUCAACGAGGGCGACGAGCCGGAGAACUUCUUCUGGGUGGCUUUGGGAGGUCGCAAGCCCUACGACACGGACGCCGAGUACAUGGACUACACGCGGCUGUUCCGGUGCUCCAACGAGCGCGGCUACUACACGGUGGCCGAGAAGUGCGCCGACUUUUGCCAGGACGAUCUGGCCGACGACGACAUAAUGAUCCUGGACAACGGCGAGCACGUCUUCCUCUGGAUGGGGCCGCGCUGCAGCGAGGUGGAGGUGAAGCUGGCCUACAAGUCCGCCCAGGUGUACAUCCAGCACAUGCGGAUCAAGCAGCCGGAGAGGCCGAGGAAGCUCUUCCUCACGAUGAAGAACAAGGAGUCGCGCCGGUUUACCAAGUGCUUCCACGGCUGGAGCGCCUUCAAGGUGUAUUUAUAAUUUUAGGCAACUAAAAGGGGGCAUUGUCGAGGGCUUCGGUUCUUUAAUAUGUUAAAUUAAUUUAUGCACAGCCCCAAAGGUGUACGUUUAACUUUUACAUAUUUCAAGAGAUCGCCUUUAAGGCGGUCAUUCGUUUGUAUCAUUUAAAUGGGCCUCCUGAAUUUUACAGGAUCCACAGAAACGCCCCAGCCGGUUGUGCAUUUAUUUGUUGAGCAUUUAAAGAAGCGCCUUUUAGAUGCUAUUUUAGUUUUAUAAAAUCGAUAAAGGCACCUUAGAGGUGUUAACUUAAUUUUAACAAGUUAGAGGAGCCCCUUGCAGGUGUAAAAUCGGGGAAAGGGGGUUGGGCAGCUGCCGUGACAGAGCAGCUGCCCCACAGACGCAUGACAAAAAAAAAAGGAAAAAAACCCUAUCGAAAAAAAGAAACAAAAACGAACAGAAAAAGAAACAAAAAACAAACCCAUCAGAUCGCAAGAAGAACAUGUUUGUACUUUUAUAAAAUGUAUUUAAUUGUUUUGUAUAAUUAAUUUAAAUUUUUUUUAUUAGCUCACUUGCUCCCGCCCUUAACUAAUUAGCUAACAACUCCAACAACGCCAAGUAUUCGCCCACUCUUUACGAGAAAACCUUAUAAAAUAUAUAUAAUUUAAAUAUAUAUAUAUCUAUAUAUAUGCCUAAAAAUACGCAAUAUUUAUAUACAUAUGCUGAGCUGAGAGGAUUGCUAUUACUCCUUGCGCUAGUCCUUUUAAAAUGUUAACCUACUUAAAGCUAGCCUGUAAUAAAAUCGAAAGAAAGAAAACACUAAAACUAAUUGUACAAAUGCCACGUAUUUAUUUUAUUUUUAUUAAUCCCCCUGAAUAAACAUUUAGAAAAAUUGCAA